AUGUCUCUUCCUCUCGCCGGCAAGGUCGCUCUCAUCACUGGUGGCUCCAAGGGCAUCGGUGCUCAGGCAGCUCUCCGCCUCGCAAGAGACGGUGCCAAGGUCGUUGUCAACUACUCCAGCGACUCCAAGGCCGCCGACGACAUUGUCAACCAGAUUGGUGGUGGUAAUGCACUCGCAGUCAAGGCCAACGCCGCCAAUGUGACUGAAAUUGAGGGUCUCGUCAAGCAAACCGUCGCCAAGUUUGGAAAGAUCGAUAUCCUCAUCCCCAACGCCGGUAUCUUGCCCAUGAAGACUCUCGAGCAAACCACCGAGCAAGACUUCGACAACACCUUCGGCCUCAACGUCAAGGGCCCCUACUUCCUGGUGCAAAAGGCCGUCCCUUUCAUGAACCCCGGCGGCAGAAUCAUCCUCGUCUCCACCACCCUGACCGGUCUCUCGCCCAUCACCCCCAACUACCUCCUAUACGUCAGCACCAAGGGCUCCAUUGAGCAGAUGGCGCGUGUCAUGGCAAAGGACCUCGCCAGCAAGGGCAUCAACGUCAACGCCGUCGCUCCUGGCCCGACCGGCACCGACCUCUUCCUCAAGGGCAAGCCCGACGCCAUCAUCGAGAAGCUCGCCGCCGCCAGCCCUUACAACCGUCUCGGAAAGCCAGACGAAAUUGCCGACACCAUGGCAUUCCUGUCUGGCAACGACUCCCGCUGGAUCACGGGCCAGACCCUACGCAUCAACGGCGGUGCCGUCUAA